GCCCGGCGGGUGCGCAGACGAGCGCGCGCGGGCGGUCAUGGGGUUUCAGCAUGGCGGUGUUUGCAGACUUAGACUUGAGAGCGGGUUCAGAUCUGAAGGUUCUGCGCGGGAUGGUGGAAACCGCGGCUCACCUUGGCUAUUCAGUUGUUGCUAUCAAUCAUGUUGUUGACUUUAAGGAAAAGAAACAGGAAAUUGAAAAACCAGUAGUGGUUUCUGAACUCUUCACAACUUUGCCAAUUGUUCAGGGAAAAUCAAGACCAAUUAAAAUUUUAACUAGAUUGACGAUAAUAGUUACAGAUCCAUCUCACUGCAAUGUUUUGAGGGCAACUUCUUCAAGGGUCCGGCUAUAUGAUAUCAUUGCAGUUUUUCCAAAGACAGAAAAACUUUUUCAUGUUGCUUGCACACAUUUAGAUGUGGAUUUAGUCUGCAUUACUGUAACAGAGAAACUGCCAUUUUACUUUAAAAGACCCCCUGUUAAUGUGGCAAUUGACCGAGGUCUGGGCUUUGAACUCGUCUAUAGCCCUGCUAUCAAAGACUCCACAAUGAGAAGGUACACAAUUUCCAAUGCCCUCAAUUUGAUGCAGAUCUGCAAAGGAAAGAAUGUAAUUAUAUCUAGUGCUGCAGAAAGGCCUUUGGAAAUAAGAGGACCAUAUGAUGUGGCAAACUUAGGGCUGCUAUUUGGGCUGUCUGAAGUUGAUGCCAAGGCUGCAGUGUCCACUAAUUGCCGAGCAGCACUUCUCCAUGGAGAAACUAGAAAAACUGCUUUUGGAAUUGUUUCUACAGUUAAGAAACCUCGACCAUCAGAAGGGGAUGAUGAUUCUCUUCCAGCUUGCAAAAAAGCUAAAUGUGAGGGCUGAAGAGAAUGGACCACUCUUCAUCGGCACUGCCUUUUUUCCAUUUAUACUUCAUCAGCCACAACAAAAAUAAAACUUUUUGUUUGAAAUUUUAUAGUCAAGCCAUUAAAAUAAUAAAUAAAACUUAAUAAAGCACUUUACAAAAAGGCCACCAGCUUAAUGAAUUUAUAGAUAUACUUAAAGAAAAAUAUUGGUUUGUUUAUCUUUUGUGAAAGUGAUGAAUAUUUUAAGUCUAAAACUGUUUCUUGUUCGUUUAAAAACUAAUGCUUUUCUACUUAUAUACAUGGCUUAUUAUUUUUAAAUAUUACUAAAGUUAUUUUGAGGACUAUUAAAGCAUAUUAAAGGGGUG